AUGACAUCUUUUUAUAAGCAAGCAGCUAACGCUGAGAUUGCAUAUAUAUCCGGAUCUCAGUACUUGGUUGUAUCUGUAUUUGCUCCACCCAUCAGUUUCGCAGCGGAUUCUUUGAGGUCUAGUAAAGAUUUUCAUAUCACCUCAAUUAGGAAGAUGAUGAAUAGUAUUGGUUUUUUUGGAUCAGGUUUGUGUGCUAUAGCCAUAGCGAUAGUUGGUUGUAAACGCAUGAUGGCAGUGUUAUUCGUGUUGUUAUGGUUUGCUUUAAAUUCUUGUGUGUACUCUGGAUUUAUGGUGAAUCACAUUGACUUAAGUCCACAGUUUGCUGGUACCAUUUUUGGCAUUACAAAUACAUUUGCAACAAUUGCUGGAUCUGCCGCUUCUGCAGCAGCAAACGCUAUCCUGAGCAAAGGACAAACAUUAGCGAACUGGGAUCUCCUAUUUUUUAUCGCAGCCAUUAUACAACUCUUCACUGGUUUCAUAUACGUCAUAUUUGCCUCAGCAGAACAACAAAUAUGGACUGAAAUGGAAAUUGUUGAAACAGAACUAAGAGAACAAUCUGACACCAGAGAUAUUAUUCAAAAAGGCGGAGGACUUUAGCGAAUGGAAAAACCACGAAAAUUAGCAUGAUAAU